AUGUCACUCUACGUCAAACAACUGAGCAUCGACGACCUGGAGCGAUCUUUGUUGGUCGAAACAGCGGCGUUUCCUCCAGCUGAAGCAGCCACGCGUGCAAAGAUCGAAUAUCGCUUGACGGUAUGCCCUGAGCUAUGUAUGGGCCUGUUUCUACGCGGAGGGACUGGUCUACCAUCGACCAUCCCUCAGGACAUACCCUUCCUAACAGAAUCUGGGACCAACGACGAUGUGCUGCUUGCACAUGUCAUAUCCACUAAAUCCAUCAAUAAGCCUGUCAGAGACGAAGACAUGGAUUACCCUCCCAACUGGAAGUCGAACCCUCAGGGUGACUACGAUGUUGGCCACAAGAGAAAUGGAAGGACAAUUGCUCUUCACGCUCUUGCUGUGUCUCCCGACUACCAGAGGUCUGGCUUGGGAAAAGCUAUCAUGAGAGCAUACAUCGAAAGAAUGAAGACGAUGGGUGCAGCCGACAGAAUUUCGAUCCUGACGUACGAUCGACUUGUCCCGUAUUAUCAAAAGCUGGAAUUUGAGCAUUACGGCAAAAGUUCGUCUGAAUAUGCUGGUGUCGCAUGGCAUGAUCUGUCGUAUAUCAUCUCUGACUCUUAA